AUAAUUGAAAAAGAAGCAUGCAAAUAUUACUCGUUUCGCAUUGGCGUGAAUUUAAUUGAAAUUGUACUUGUUGUGUGCAAAAUAAUUUAUUAUUUGGAUAAUUAAAUAUAUUUUAUUAAAAUGAUUAUUCCUAUUCGUUGUUUUACGUGCGGCAAAGUUAUUGGCAAUAAAUGGGAGUCAUAUUUGGGCCUAUUACAAGCGGAAUACACGGAAGGUGAUGCCCUGGAUGCACUUGGCCUGAAGCGGUAUUGUUGCCGUCGCAUGCUCUUAGGACAUGUAGACUUGAUUGAAAAAUUGCUAAAUUACGCACCAUUGGAAAAGUAAGCCCACGGAUCGGAAUUAGCCCUCUCUAGAAUAUUUUUAGUAUUAGUGUAAUGUAAAUUAACUCAAAACUAUGUAGCAACGAUUAUUUAAUAUAAUAUAUAAUGAUCAUUACAUUGUAAGUAAAAA